AUGAAGCCCUCAACAAGGACUGUGCCCCUCGCGGCGCUUCUGGUUGCGAGUGCGAGUGCGCAGACCAGCACCAUGGUCAACGACCCACUCGACACCUCCGUCACUACUGUUUACUACUCUGUCUGCCCGACGGCUCUCACCACCACUACAACCUUGUCGAGCACGAUCACCUACUGCCCCGGACCCAAUUGCCACGGAGGCGGUCCCCAGAUCACCGCACCACCUCAAGGCCCUUACUAUGGCUCCGAGAUUCUUGCAUUCACUACUACUGGUCCGGAUGGGAAGGUUUCCGAAUACCAUGAAUUUCUCACUGUCUAUGAUCAGAUCUGCUCGGAUGGCACUGGCAUGGAACAAGCUACCUAUACCAUCACCGAGGCUUGCCCAUGCCAUAUGACCAAGAAUCCCAUGACCCUUCCCGAAGGCUUCACCACUACCUCACUCUUACAACUCCUUGCGCUACCGGUCCCUACGCAACAGUCACCCCGGUUGUUGGCUCCGAUACAGGCACUGGCUCUGGUUCAGGGUCCGGAUCUGGCUCAGGGGCAGGCUCUGGUUCUGGUGCAGGCUCUGGUGCAGGCUCCGGUUCAGGUGCCGGCUCUGGCUCUGGGGCUGGUUCUGGCUCGGGCUCCGGCGCUGAAUCAGGCUCUGGUGCUGGAUCAGGCUCUGGCGCUGGGUCUGGUGCAGGCUCUGGUGCAGGAUCGGGCUCCGGUGCUGGUUCGGGCUUCGGCUCUAGCACUGGGUCUGGUGCUGGUGCUGGUGCAGGCUCCGGUUCAGGCUCGAGCUCUGGCAGCAGCUCAAGUCCUGAAGCAGAUACAGGCGCUGAUUCGAACUCUGGUGCACGAGGUGGGGCCGGUGCAAGUGCAGGCGUAG